AUGUCUUCCAUAGCGCGGCCCCCUGAACCGUGGCUGGUCGCCAUUUUUCUCGUGGUGCAAUCGCGAGCGGGGCCACGAUACGUCUUCCACACGCCGGCCAACCCAGACCUCGAGAGACAGCUCGGCUCCAGCUCUCGACGAGGAAGAGCAGCCAACGACUCUGCAUCCGAUGAAGAAAGCGAGUCCAGCUCCGACGAGGAUGAGGGCCCUCCUAGCAGCAGUGUGCUUGGAGGGGGAGGAGGAGGCACGCCGGGCCCUCGCCAAAGCACCGCAAACACCGACGACAAUGCCUCGACUACGACCUCUGCAGGCGGAGAUUCGCAGCGCCCGCCGUCGCUCAAUUCGGGUCGCACGAAGAGGAGGGCCGCUAAUAAUUCUGAGGGAGGAGAUAGCCCGGACUUGACAGCGUCUGGCCGAGUAGGCAAUGGCUCGUCUUCGAACAGCCGCGUAUCGUGGGACUCGGUUUUCGGUCUGCCAUCGGACGUGUGGGAGAAGCUGUUGAGUCCGUCUCGAACCUGGCAUAAGAGACGAUUUGAGAUUGGAAUAAAUGACCUAGCUUUUGUCGGCUGGCCUGUGUUUGUGCGCGACGACGGGCAAUGGCGGAAAAGGAAAAGGAGGAAAAAGAAGAAGCAGCAGCAGAAGAGGGUCUCCAAAGCAAACGAGGCCAACAGCAAGGAUGGGUCAUCACAAGUCCCGGAUUUUGAAAACGAAGCUAUAAGAAACGAUGACGAGAAUUCUGCCGAUGAGAAUCCCGACCAAAACGAUGAUGAGCAUGGAGGAGAUGAUCCAGACACUCCCGAGGCGGACAAGGAUUCAAUGACCAUGUUUAACGUUGUGUUUGUCUUGUCGCCACCGCUCCUUGAGUAUUCGGCCCAUUUGAAGGAAAUGUACGAGCAUGUCACCAAAAAAUUCAGCAAGGCUUUGAAAUACGAGCAAGACCAGUCCGACUAUGUAUGGAAAGAGGCACAGCAUAUUUUGCGGAUCAAGGAGAGAGCGCGGGAGAGAGAUGUCUCUGCAGAAAGCCUCCAUGAGGAGCUUGUCUCUAAAUCGUCUCUUGCGGCAGCUAUUCAUUCCGUUUUCGACAAGAUCUCCAAAUCGGACAUUGCUUUUGUAUCCCUCAAGUCACGCUCGGCCGACUUCCAGAUCCCUCCUACGACAUCCAUCGCAGAUCUCCCUCCCAGAAGCGACACGUCGCUGACCGGGAUGUGGCUCACAACAGCCAACAGCGUCACGGCCGAGCACGAUACUGGACUGGAGGCUCCAAAUCAAGUGCUGGCCAAGCAUUUUGCAUUGCUACUUCUCGAGAGUGAGGCAAGUAUUGUGGAAGCCUUGAAAGGCAGCGAACUGGCACCGGCUCUCACGCAUUAUAUUCGCUCGUCCAAACCCAACAAGUCCUUUGCUCAGAUUUCGGCGCUUUCCGGUAUUCCUCUCGAUACGAUCCACGAUCUAGCGCAACAUCUGGUUUACUGGAGACGGGCUCGGGCGAUACCGCCUUUGCACCAACGUGAUACUUAUAUAGUAUCUCCGAAUUGUGAUCUCAGCCAGCUGAAACGAGCAACGCAAGCGUAUGCCACUGCUUUCCCUACUCUUCCCAGCUUACCCAAGAUGCUGUCGGCUCUCAGUCUCGCGCCGCGUCCAUUUGCGAGCUUCAUUCCGAGCAAGGACCACAAAGAGGCCUACUUUUCUAUCCUUACGUGGUUAUUGAGAGGGGGCUGGGUGACACAACUUAGAUGCUUCGCGAGAGUCAAAGUGACGCCGCAGAUCAAGAUUGCGGUGGAAGAGGCUAUGCGAAGAGAGCAGGUCGAGAAAUACAUGGCCUCGAGUCAGCCCUCGAGCUCGUCAGGACACUCGGACAAGACGGAAACGGAUGGCGACAACAACGAUGGUGCAAGCUCGUCUUCGUCGUCGUCCUCGGGCAGCGAAGUCAGCGAUGCCCUCACACCGAUGCCCGGCCGGCGUGGCUCUGACGAUGACUACUACCGCCUGUCGGAUUCUUACAUGGACCGCAACUCGCACCUGAACAUGUCAUCUCUGAUUAUGUUCCCGCAUCGCGCGUCUCCGAUCGAGUCUCGAUGGCUGGACGAGAUUAUGUGUCGGUUCCCCGAAGCAGCUACAACAACAGCAGCAGGAGGCGCAGAAACACCGUCCAACACGGCGGGCGAAGGCGACGACUCGGCGGCUACGGAUUCAUUAAAGAAGCAUUGGCCAAAGUUCGUCAAGUACUUCAAUGGCCACGACGCGCUGGAGAAGAUUGCCGUGCGCGAGGGACUCCGGCGCAAGGCAGUGUGGCAGCUGCUCCAUCGCUGGGGGGCUGGGGGUGCGUCUGGGUUGGAGGUUGAUCCACGAGAACAGGUCCUGGUAUCUGUGCGGCACUGGUGA